CUUGUCGUAAACUUGUCGUCCAGGCGCGGCGAACACGACUCGCAAUCGUUCUCUCUCCUUCCCCAACAUCAGCCCAUUGGCAAUUCGGAUUCGCACACACACAAACUCAUGCCGAGUAUGUGCAGGCACAUGUCACAGACUGAAACGCUCUCACCGACCUCCUCCUCACCCCACUCGCCCUCGCAACCAAAUCGGUCCAAGAGGCCGGUGGGAGCUGGACGCGAAAACCGCCAAAAUUAUGACAACUGCCGCCUCGACGGAGUGACCUUCACUCGUCGCCGUCAGACUCGCCGUUCGUCUUCGCUGACGGCCUGGCAGGCAGCUUUUCCCGUCUCCUCGCCGUUGUGCUACGUUGCUUUACGUUACAUUGGUCAGCGCUCAAUGCAGUCGCCAAUCGACAUUCGUAUCAGUCCUCGCCGUUCGCCAAUUUUGACUAAUCGACGCGUUUACUGCUGUCACAAACAUCUUCGCCGUUCGCAGGUGCCUCACUCCAAUGGACACUGCCGCCCGAAGUCUGAAACAGGCUUGCGGACGACCGCGCGGGUUGCCUCGCCGUUCGACAUUAUCCAUUUCCACUUCGACAUCGUGUAUGCUUGUCUUGCAUGCGUCUUCGUCUUGGCGGACUUUCUUUUUCGAAUAAAGUAUUGUUCUCGUCACUACCAGCAAAUCAGUAGUAUGAGAUGCAUCACCCUAUUUCGUGUAAGGUGA